AUGGACCGGGACGACGAGCCCGAGCUGCUUCAUUAUCUCCUCGAUGCGGCAGCGUCUAGGGCGGCGCAGAUGCUCGGGACGGAUGUGGGGUGGGUCCGGCGGUGCAAUCCGGAUAGCCGGCUCGGGGAGCGCAAGUUUGCGGGGAGGUGGAAGAAUGAGUGGGAUGAUGUGGUCAAGGAGCGAGAGGUGGAGAGGAGGCGGAGGAGAGAAACGAGGAGAAGGGACCGGGAGCGGAGGGAGCAGCAGGUGCAGGGGGAGGCGGAGCAGAAUCGAGAUCAGCCAAUUCCGCAACCGUACGCGUACCCGGCGCCGGCCGAAAAUCAUCACCACCCUGAUCAGCACUAUCAACAUCUGCAGCAGCAGCCACCGCAGCAUCCUCCGCAGUAUCCUCCGCCGUAUCAGCUUCAUCAACACCAGCUCGACCACCAACAGCCGCAACAGCAUCCAGGGCCGGAGGGUCCCCAAGGUCAUCCGCAGGUCCAGCCGGCAAAGCAGGAGGCGGCCCAGGCUGUCCCCAAUCCUCAGCAUCGCCCACAACCGGCUCUGGCCCUUCCACCAUCCGCUGCGUUUGUCCAUCACGCGCAUUCCGCCCAUCCUCCUCCCCCGCCCGCUCAAGCCGGCCACCAACCCCCACACUGCCCGCAAUACCCCGCGCCCGAGCCGGACCCCGUGCCGAUGCGGCUCAAGCGGGAGAGGGAGGACGAUGCGGCUGCGGAGGGGAAGGAGGACGGGCGGAGGGUGCGAGUAAAGCUGGAGCCGGGUCUGGGAGUCGAGGCCGAGGCGGGGUGGGCCGGUGGUGGAUCUGAUUUUGGCGGAGAAGUGAGGGUCAAGCAGGAGGCUGUUCGUGUGGAUUGA